UUGAUGGGUACAGACGCAAUGUAUUGUAGCUUGUGAAAUUGUGAAGAUUUAUAUUGGAUAUAUGUGGAAUUAUUUUAAAUCUUACUUACAAUUGCUAGUUAAUCCACUACAUUAGCAUCUUGGGAAUGGCUUUACAGAGUGAGGUGUCCCCACCCAUAGUAGGGGAUCCUAACAAAGAUACACAGAUUGAAGGAGAAACAAAAAGUGAUGAUAAUGAGUCCUCUCAAAGUACAGAUGAUACUAUGGAUCUGGAAGAAGGAGAAAUUUUGGAUUCUGGGGCUGAAGAAGAAGAAGAAGAGAAAGAUUUUUCAAAAAGUUCCUUAAAAGAAGCACUGGAUAAAAGUCUAGUUCAGAAUAUUGAGCAGCUAGCAAAUCACAAAGGAAAUGUAAAGUCUGAAGAGAGUCCUAUUCGUAAGGCAGCGCCUUCUCGUAAGCAGAAAAAAAUGGCUGCUAAUUACUUGGAUCCUGAUCGAAUUGAUGAUGAGUCAGAGGAAGAAGAUGGUUGGUUUCCAGGAUCUCCAAAAUAUAAAUCUAAAUAUAAUGACAAACCAGUUGAUUAUCGAAUGGAACUCGAAGCGUACAGAGGUACUCCACCUAGCUCUCCAGAACGGAAAAGACGUGAUGAAAAGUCUAGAAAAAAGAAAUCUUCAAAAAAGUCAAAGAAAACUAGGAAAACAAUCAGACGAAAGGACAUUAAAGGUGUAAGAGUUGCAAAGUAUAAGAAGGAUGCUGCCAGAGGUAGAAUUUGCAAAUUUUUCAAGGAAGGAAAAUGUGCAAAGGGAUCUGAUUGUAUGUAUUCUCAUCAUUCUGCUCCUCCAUUUAAGAAAAAAGAGCUCUGCAAGUUCUACUUGAAUGGUCACUGCAAUAAAGGAAAAGAUUGCCUAUAUAUGCACAGUGAAUUUCCCUGCAAGUUUUAUCACACUGGAUCAGAAUGCUAUGCUAAGGAAGACUGCAGAUUUUCUCAUGCUCCCCUUAAUGAAGAAAUGAAAAGAGUUUUACAUGAUUACUUGAGAAUAUCCCAUGGAGAUGAUGUGAGAUUAAGAUGUGAUGAUGACAGAGACGAUGAAAGAGGUGGAAAUGAUAGAGAAAGAGAUCGUGAUAGGGAUAGAAAGAGACGUCGCAGCUGUAGUCCAGAGCCCAGAGUUCAGCCACCUAAACGUACUUGUCUCUUAGGUUCUCCUCCCAGGCACAUUAGAGAAGCUGAAGAAACAAAGCGUUGGCAAGAGGAGAUGAAAAUGUUGCAGCAGCAACAACCUGGUUUUGAAAUACAUUUAAGUCCUGAUCGGGAAGAAGGCUCUUCAGCUCAUUUUAAGCCUAAUUUUUAUCAAGAAACUUUACUGAAUUCUCCCAGCCCGAAAAAAAGGCCACCCAAUUCAGAAGCUCCUAAUUCUUUCCAUGGCAGUACUUCCAAUAAUUAUAAUCAUGAAUCUCCAUCAAAAGUAUAUAUAUAUGAUGAUGACGAGUUUAUAGAAAUUGAUUUGCCUCCUCCGACUACUAAACAAGAACCUCCUGAAGAAUUCCAUUGGGAUAAUGUUCGGAGCAUGACACAUCAUGAAGAGAAUCACUUAAAACCAUUUCAUGAAAAUUCUCAGCAAGAUUUGGAUUUCACAAGUGAUGUUAAAUUUGAUGAAACUACACAGUUUAGCGAAAUGGAGUCUUCCACUGAUUGUCCUCCAAAUUUAUCUCCUAAUCAAACUUCUACUAUAGAUUUUAAUAAUGAUGAAGCCUCGAAUCAAGGAUCUAUCAAGAUCAAGGAGGAAAAAUUUUCUGAUGAAGAAGCUAAUUCUUCCAAUCAGGAAGCUCCUGCACCUCCAAUUGUCAUUCCCAGUCAUUUGCCACCAAAGCAGCGAGAACUCUUAAAGCGUGUUCUACAUAACAAUCAGAAGAAAAAAACAACUUCUGAUGCACCUGGUAGCCCUAGUGCUACUGAAGGAACAGAAACUGAUAUUAAAAAGGAAGAAUCGGAUGUUGAAGAGAAGGUGGAAUCUCAACCAAAAGAAUAUAAAUGGUACAGUAGUGAAGAUGAGGACGAUGAUGAUGAUACUGUCCAGCCAUUGACAGCUGUGUUGAAAAGGAUUCAGCAAGAUCCACCUUCAAAGCCUGUAGUUCAAGAAACAAAGCCUUCUUUAAAAAUAUUAGACAUGUUUGAGCACAUUCAGCGCAAGGGUAAGAGUCAGGAAUCUUCAAAUGGUCAAGUCCAACAGCAGAAGCAAUCACAAAAUCAGUUUUGGGAAAAUUUAUUUGGUGGCAAGCCUCCAAGUUUACCAUUACCUGGUAAAAAUUCUAACAAUCCUCCUCCCUCUGAGCCAAAACGACGAACCUUGUUGCCGGAUCCUAUCUUACCUUCCACAAAAGUGGAACCUGUAGCACCUAAAGAAGCUCCCGAAAUUAAAGAUCCUCGCUUGAAGAAUCGUGAUCCUCGUAAACUUGUGAAUGUGCCUGUGCCUGCUCCGAAAAUUACUCCUUUGGAUAAAAAGAAUGAUUCUGUUAGUGCUUCUCCAAUUUUGCCACAAAAUGCAGCCGCAGUUAAACCUUCUGCUGUCUCUUCUGAACCUUCCAAGGAAAGUAUUCCUUACAAAUUAAGAGGAAUUAGUGCAAAGCCGCCUAAUUAUUCACCACUAAUACAUGCUAGUCAAUCUAAUCCCAGCCUACUCAAAGAUCCUCGCCUUCGUAAACACCUCAAUCCUAACACAAAUAAUGAAGUUAUUGGAAAUGGGAAGGAUUCUGUUGUCCCAAAACCUAUCGUUCAAUCCAAAGGCAUUCCACCUAUACCAGAAUUAUUGUUAAAAUAUGAGCCAUCCAAAGCCAUUAAUAUAUUUGAAAGUUCUUCCUCUAAACCUGCUGUAAAAACUGAAGAGCCUAAACCUCCAAUUGUAUAUGAUCCACGUAGAAUAAGAAGAGAUUCUCGAAGCAAUUCUGGCUCUGAUACUCCACCACAUCUUACAAUAGUUGAUACUGCUCCAGAGGAAAAAUCAGUCCCUGUUCUAGAAAAUGAGAAGGAGUUUGUUGAAGAGAAGAAAUGGCUUCCUCCUGUGUUGGAAAGAAAUUGGGCUCCACCUGUUCUUGAGAGGAGCUGGACAUCUGUUGUAGAAAAAACUGAAGUGAAAGAAAUCAGUGAAGAACCAUUGAAACUGGAAACUAGUGAGAAAUCUCCACCUAAAAAAUCACCAUCACCACCACCAUCAACCAAAGAAGAGUUUAUUACUGUAAUAAAAAAAGAACCAUCACCAGUGACUACUAACAGCGCUCAUCCUAUUGUUCCGCCUCUGAUUAUCAAGAAAGUAAAGCCAACUCCACCUGCAAGUCAUCUUCCUAGAGCCAUUGCUGACCCUCGAAUGGCUAGACUUCAUAAUCGUAAUAGUCGACCACUUGUUUCAUCUGAUACUAAUUCCAAAUCCAUAGUAGAGCGCAAGAAAUUAACUGUACCAACUGAAUCGACGAAAAUGAUAGUUAAUACUUUUGCAGAGUCUUCAAAUUCUUCUGAAAUUCCUGAAACUGUGAAUCCCACAGAAUCACAAAAAGCAAGUCCAGAAGAAACUUCUGAAAAAGCAUCCAAGGAAGAAAAACCAAAGUCUGCCAAAAGUAUACCCAAGAAGCGUAGGCUUUCAGACAAGAGUGACGAAAAGAAAAAGACAGUGCAUCGUAAUAGAAAAAGUAGUAUGGAUUAUGCCUCACCACUUAAUUCUUGCGAUGCAUUGAAGGAUAGUAAAAGCUCUGGUUAUAACAGUUACAAUCAACGCCCAAAACGUACUGUUCCACCUCAUAAUGAACGAUUAUCUCCUAACAGUGGUGUGUCGUCAUCACUCUUGGAGAUGUCAGACAAUUCAAUGCCAGAAUUUGUCCUUAGUGAUAGUUCCAAUCUUGAAUGUGAUAAUAGCAGUGAUGUGAACCUACGAGAUAGGUUUAAAACAAUUGAUCCCACUGCUUCUCCAUUUUGCUGACCUCACCAGAAUCAGAUUCAUUUAAUUUCUGUUGUAUAAUGUAUAUAAAUUAUUUGUUAAAAAACAAAAGAAGCUAAUUUUUAUACCAUUUAUAUUUUUAUGUCCAUGUAGAAACUUUGUAGGUUGUGCAAGUUUGUGAUAUGAAACUUAAUUAUAUUUUUUAAAAAAACACGAUCACAGUUUUUUGAAUUCUCUGAAGUUACAGUAAUGAUUAUGUUAUUGUUGGAUGACUUAAUUAAUAAUAAUUAUAUUAAACCUGUAUGUAGUCUCUUCCAAAAAUGUAGUAUGUAGUCAGUAAAUCAUUUGUUAUUUAUACAUGCUGUGUGAAGCUUUUGGUUCUGAUUAUUAUGAAUUCCUACUCUUAUUAUAAUUAAUUGGAAUCCUCUAAAUGACAUUGAUUAUGUAAUGUCAUAA